AUGAAACAAAUGGAGUUACGAACAAUUAUAAACCAGUUUGAAGAUAAAGAGGAUGCAACAUUUAAAGAAAAUAUACUGGUUAUUUCCAAAGGUAUCCAGGAAAGGACCAUUGCUAUUCUUGACUUAAUCGAACAUUUAGACACUUUGUUAACAAACGACCAUGCAUCUAAAAGGGAUCUAGGAAUUUCAAUAUUAACAGAAGUAUUAAAGAAUAUUUCUGAAGAUUCCUUGAACAAACAACAGUUAGAGGUUUUAGCAGUAUUUUACGGCAACAAACUUAAUGACCAUCAUCAGGUCCUGCCUGCUGCUUUAUCAGGGAUACUAAGUUUGAUUCAGUUCAAAGAUUUUCCAGGAGAACAAGUACCAGUGUUACUUAAUUUAAUUCAUAAAAAUGUACCAUGUCAGCAACAACAGAGAGCAGAUAGGUAUACUAUAUACCAAAUAUUUGAAAUUAGUCUUAAAUUACACAAAGAGAAUAUACUUGAAAUGAAACUGGAAUUUGUGUACAUAGUUUUGACACUAGUGGAUGGAGAAAGAGACCCUAGAAAUUUAUUGUUUUUAUUCAAAUGGAUGAAAGUAUUUCUGGAUCAUUUUUCUCUGCAACAUUUAACUGAAGACAUAUUUGAUGUAUUGGCAUGUUACUUUCCUGUGGAUUUUAGAGCCCCUCCAACUGAAUCGUCCAUAACUCGAGAAGCUCUUUCUGAAGCUUUAUCCCCUUGUUUGUGUGCCAAGCCCGAAUUUGGAGAUUCGUGUAUUACAUUGGCCCUUGAAAAGCUGGAUUCGUCAUUAGAAAUUGCAAAAACAGAUAGCUUAAAAUUACUGACAGGGGGCUGUCCGACAUUUCCAAUUUCAAUUUACUUAGAAAAGGCUCCUGAAAUAUGGUCAUUGCUGCAAAAAGAAAUCUUAACUAAUAUGUCAGACAAUAUAAGACAACAAUGUCUUACAACCCUGACUAUAAUCAUAUCAAAAAUUUCAGAAGGUCGGACUGACGAAUUUUUAGACAUUUUACAAAAUAUACUUGAUACUCUAAAAGGAAACUUACUACCGGAUUCCAAAUUGUUUGAGAAAUCUUCGCAGAUUUUACUUUAUGUAGCUGCAGGAUCCGAACAUUCCUGUAAUUAUAUUAUAAAGGAAGUAGUACCUAUCCUAACAAAUAUUUAUAGUAUGACUGCAUAUAAUAGUCAAAAAUCUAUUAUAGUUCAAACUCUGGUUGAAUUUGCCAAAGAAUCUAUCAAGUUUAACAAGACUUUAUACCUUAGAGAAGUACCCGAACUCUCGAAAAUUCCUUUAUUGUGUUUGGAAAUACUUAGUUAUGAACAUAAUUCUAGAAGAGUUGGAUUUGAUUGUUUAACGGUGCUGGUUCCUCAUCUUGCAGUCGAGACUAGACUUGCAGUAUAUGCAGCUCUACAAAUAGCAAUGUUUAGUAACGAAAGACCAGAAACUAGAAAUUCAUAUUUAACAUGUUUAAAAUCAGCUGCAAUUGCAUUCCCGACCGAAGUGAAAACGAACAUUUUGCAAAAUGUUAAUUGUGAACCUCAAUUAAUUGAUUCCUUAUUAAGUUCGUUGAUUGUUUUAGUUCAUUUAAAGGAAUUUAAGGACUAUGUCAUUAAUACAUUCGUGGAAGCUCUUAAAAAUAUGGAGCUGUCUUCAAUUGCGAUUAAAAAUUUGAAGUGUUUGGUAGAACGCUUCAAGGAACAAAAUAAUACUCGUCUUCUCAAAGAACUAAUAACCUAUAACAUACUAGAUAUUUUAGUAGAGUUAGUUUUAAGGAAAAACAGUGCAGAUAAUGAAGUAUCAGAUGUAUCCAAAAUUUUAAAAGUUGUGAUAUCUCCGCAAACAACUGACUUGCAAAUAGCUAUAUAUGAAAAAUAUUUUGAAAGUAUAUUUGACAAAAUUUCUCAUUGUGAUUUGAAUCUGGUCAUAAUGGAUGGCUUGGUGUCAACGUUGAGACAAAAUGUGAAAGUAGAUUAUAAGUUACUUAAUAUCUGUAGAGCUUUUAGUAUAGAAAGUCAGAAGGAUAUUGUUAGAAAUACUGCUUGUGAACUAUUGGCCAAUUUGGUUAACAAAAAAGACGAUGAUGAAAAUUUAGCUGAAUUUUUAAAUAAAACAAAGGAUAUGUGUUCGUCCUCUGUAGUAAAUUAUUCAAAAAAUACUGUACUUUUAUUUUCAUGGAUAACAAAAGCAUUAUUAAUGAGAAAUCAUCGUUGUGGUCUGACUUGGUUAGAUUGGUUAUUGCAAUUACUAGAAGACAAUAGAGAUGUACCUGAGGGAUUUAGAAUAAUUAUGAACGACUAUUCUGAGGCAUUAAGUUUAGAAGUUCAUUGUAAUAAAUUAGCAUUGUAUAGACAAAAAGCUUUUGUUUACGUAACGAAUAAGAUUAUAGAAAAGUAUAACCAAAGUAAGCCGGAAUAUUUAGCAGCUUUAGGAUAUUUAUUAGAAUUUACACCCCAACAAGCCAUUCUACUUCAAUUUCCAAAGAUAUCUAGGUUUGUGAUGUUGUCUUUGGAGAAAAACAAAGAACCGAAAGUGUUAAUUGUGAUUUUGGGAAUUAUAAAAAUGAUAUGUAAUACCAAUAGUGCCUUGCUAGAGAGAAAUUUGGAAGAUUUCCUAAAUAGGAUAGUACAGUUGACUGUUUUUAAAGAGAGUAUGAGAGUAAGAAUGGAAGCCAUUCAGUGUCUUACAGUCUUCUCGCUGGUGUUCCCUGUAUACAAAUUAUUGCCAUUAAAAUCAACAGUUAUAUAUACAUUGGGAACUUGUGUAGAUGACAAGAAACGUUUAGUGAGGAAAGAAGCUAUGGAAGCUAGAUCUUUAUGGUUUUUAUUAGAUGCACCUGUAUGA